CGGCGACUGGUGUGUUGUUCAAAAUGCAGGCCACCGCUUUUCAGUCAAGUUCUUCCGGGUCUCAAAGCUAAUGUUCCGCGAUUGGAGAAUUUACUUGAGCGCUGUGUGCAUGGAUACUUUUUAUUUGUAGUUGUCCAUCACUAUUGACUGUUUUAUUGGAACCGAUAAGCUCACUCGUUGUGAGUUGACUUGAGUGUUCUGUGACAAGGAAAAAUGGCGCCGACUGUCCAGUCGCAAGCACAACGGGAGGACGGCCACAGGCCGUCCUCUCACAGAACUGUUCCAGAGAGGUCUGGGGUAGUCUGCCGAGUCAAGUACUGCAACAGCCUGCCUGAUAUUCCCUUUGACCCCAAAUUCAUCACAUAUCCAUUUGAUCAGCACAGGUUUGUGCAGUACAAAGCUACAUCUCUGGAGAAGCAGCACAAGCACGAACUCCUGACCGAGCCGGACCUCGGUGUCACCAUUGAUCUCAUCAACCCGGACACGUACCGCAUCGACCCCAACAUAUACUUGGAUCCCGCUGAUGAAAAACUGUUGGAAGAGGACAUCCAGGCGCCAUCCAGUUCAAAGAGAUCCCAGCAGCACGCCAAGGUGGUGCCGUGGAUGAGAAAGACGGAAUAUAUUUCCACCGAGUUUAACAGAUACGGUGUCUCCAAUGAGAAAGUGGAAGUCAAGAUCGGAGUGUCUGUCAAACAGCAGUUCACAGAAGAGGAAAUCUACAAGGACAGAGACAGCCAAAUCUCCGCCAUUGAGAAAACAUUUGAGGAUGCACAGAAGCCGAUUGCUCAGCAUUACAGCAAACCCAGAGUGACUCCUGUGGAAGUUUUGCCUGUGUUCCCAGACUUCAAGAUGUGGAUCAACCCGUGCGCUCAGGUCAUUUUUGACUCUGAUCCGGCCCCCAAAGACAUGUCAGGACCAGCAGGAGUGGAAAUGAUGUCACAGGCCAUGAUCAGAGGUAUGAUGGACGAGGAAGGAAACCAGUUUGUGGCCUACUUCCUGCCCAACGAGGAAACGCUUCGCAAGCGUAAGAGGGACUUUGAAGAGGGGCUGGAUUACAUGCCAGAAGAUCUGUACGACUACAAGAUCGCCAGGGAGUACAACUGGAACGUGAAGAACAAAGCCAGCAAAGGUUACGAAGAGAACUACUUCUUCAUCUUCAGAGACGGGGAUGGGGUUUAUUACAAUGAGCUGGAAACAAGGGUGCGUCUGAGCAAGAGGAGAGCCAAGGCCGGGGCGCAGUCCACCACCAACGCUGUGCUGGUGUGCAAGCACAGAGACAUGAAUGAGAAGGAGCUGGAGGCACAGGAAGCCCGUAAAGCUCAGCUUGAGAACCAUGAGCCAGAGGAUGAAGAGGAAGACCUGGAUAAAGACAUGCAGGACUCCGGUGACGAGAAAGAGAAAGGCAGCGGCAGCGAGGCUGAAAACUCUGGGAGCGAAUCCGACAGGGAGGACCACGUGGGAGAGGACGAAGAGGAGGAUGAGGAUCGUGCAAAGAGGAGGAGGAGAUCGAGCGGCAGCGGAAGCGAGAGCGGCGAGGACAGGGCGAGGGAGAUGCGAGACGAGGAGGAGAUCUUCGGUAGCGACGACGACAGCGAUGACAACGAAGCCAAGAACGUGGCCAGGAGCAGCGGCGAUGAGGGCAGUGAGGACGAGGACGGAGGAGGCCGCAGGAGUCGCAGCGCCUCUCCAGCCCACAGCGACCGCAGCAGCGAACACUCGGAAUCUCGGCCUCACAGCGGAAGUGGGAGCGACAGGGCUUCUGACUCCAGCGAUGCCAGCGACAGUGAAUGACCGCCCCGAUGGUCGUUCGCUACUGGCUGGCGGUCUCCUCAUCGCCACCAAUAAAAACCUGCUCGUUA